AUGAACAUCUUUCUUACUGCCCUGCUGUGUGUUGCACUGAAUCAUCUGGAUCUCUGGAUCCCGGCAUUGGCAGUGGUCUUCUCUAAACCCACACUUAGAGUUAUUCCAAGAAAUGUGGUAACGACUGGAAACCAAGUGACAUUCUUCUGUCAAGGCCCCUUAGAGGCCAAGGAAUACCGUCUCUGCAAAGAAGGAAGUCCAGAUUGCUUGGUACCAACAACCCUAAUAGAAACCGGGAACUUGGCCAAAUUCUCUAUCUCAUCAUUUGCGUGGAACAAUGCAGGGCAAUACAGGUGUGAGUAUAAAAGCCCCAAAGGCAAAACAGAACACAGUGACUACCUGGAGCUGGUGGUGACAGGGGUUCACCAGAGCAUUGUGACCCUGUCAGCCCUUCCCAGCCCAGUGGUGAUGGCAGGAGGGAAUGUGGCCCUUCAAUGUGUGUCACAACAUCCAUAUAACAGGUUCAUUCUGAUGAAGGAAGAUGAGAAGUUCUCCCCGGCUUUGCCCUCACAGAAUAUAUCCUCGGAGCUAUUUGGAUCCGACUUCACAGUUGGUCCUGUGACCCCCAACCAGAGGUGGAGGUUCACAUGCUAUGGGUAUCAAUUGAGCAGCUCCCAGCUGUGGUCAGUUCCCAGUAGCAUCUUUGAGCUUCUGAUCUCAGGGACCCUUCACAAACCCCGCAUAUGGGCUUAUCCUGGCUCUGUGAUCACCUCAAGGAGUCCUGUUACUAUCUGGUGUCAGGCGACCCGAGAAAGCCUAAUCUAUGUGAUAUAUAAAGAGGGAAGCCCAGGACCCUGGGAACAACAUGGCCCAAUAGCCCACACCAAUAAGGCCAAACUCACCCUUCCAUCUGUGACACAAGAGCAGGCAGGACGAUAUCACUGUUACACUUACACCUCUUCAGGAUGGUCAGAGCGCAGUGACGCCUUAGAGCUGGUGGUGACAGGAGUCUACAAGAAACCCACCCUGUCAACCAUGCAAAAUCCCAUUGUAAACUUAAGACAGUCUGUGACAUUCUCGUGUACCUCAAGUCAGAGAUACGACUGGUUCAUUCUAACUAAGAAUGGUCAGAAGUUCUCCAUCCCUCGGAGCUCAAGAUCCACACACACUGGGAUGUUCCUGGCUGAGUUUCCAGUGGGUCCAGCGACCUCCAGCCUGAGGUGGAAGUUCACAUGCUACGGCUAUUAUACAAAUAAUCCUCAGGUGUGGUCAGAAGGGAGCCAAGUCCUGGAGCUGUUGGUCUCAGGAAACCUCAAGAAACCCACCCUCUGGGCUGAGCCAGGCUCUGUCAUCAGCACAGGGAAUCCUGUGAACAUCUGGUGUGAGGGGACCAAGGAAACCCAAAUAUAUUUCCUGUAUAAAGAAGGAAGUCCAGCACCCUGGUUCAGUCAAACUCCAAAAGAUCCUGGUAACAAGGUCAUGUUCUCCAUAGCAUCCAUAGAAAAGCAUCAUGCAGGGCAAUAUCGCUGUUACUCUUAUGAAUCUGCAGGGUGGACAGAGCACAGUGAAGCCCUGGAACUGGUGGUGACAGGUGUUUAUCGUGGCAAACCUACUUUGUCAGGUGUGCCCAGCUCUGUGGUCACCUCAGGUGUGAAUGUGACCCAGUGUGUCUCAUCAAAAGGAUAUGAUGGCUUUAUUUUGACUGGUGCAGAUCUGAAGUUCUUCAGGUCCCAAAAGGCACAGUUAUUAUCCACUGGACAGUCCCAAGCUCUGUUUCCUGGGAUCUUUGUGACAUCCAGCACACAUGGGCCCUUCCAAUGUUAUGGAAACUAUUCAAAUGCCUCAAAUGUGUGGUCAGAGGCCAGCAACCCUCUGGAGAUACAUUUCUCAGGACUGUCAAGGAAGCCUACUUUGCUGACCCCAAAAGUCCCUGUCCUGGCCCCUGGAGAGAACCUGACACUCAAGUGUUCCUCUGAGAUAAGUUAUGACAGAUUUGCUCUGUUCAAAGAGGGGGGAAGUGACCUCACUCAAGUCUAUGUUCAUCAGCCCCAGGCUGGACAUUUUCAUGCCAACUUCCAUUUAGGCUCUGUGAAUUUCUCCAUUGGUGGUCAAUAUAGAUGCCUUGGUGCAAAAAGCUUCUCCUCUGAGUGGUCAGCCCCCAGUGACCCUCUGGACAUCUGGAUCACAGGAUACCUCCCUGUCACACCCAUUCUCUCAGUGCAUCCAGGGACUACUAUGUCCUCAGGAGAGAAUGUGACUCUACUCUGUCAAUUAUCAAUUCCAGUGGACACAUUCUUUCUGUUCAAGGAAGGUGCAGCUCAUCCCUACAUGCAACAAAGAUCAGCGUCUCAAGAUCUCCAAUAUGAGGCAGAAUUCUCCAUGAGUGCUAUGACCACAGGCUUUGGGGGUUCUUAUAUAUGCUUUGGUUCUAAGAGCUCAUCCCCUUACCUGUUGUCAUAUCCUAGUGACCCCAUCGAGAUCAUAGUCUCAGGACUGGCAAGAUAUCAAAAGGCUGUGAUUGUGGCUUCUGUGGCCUUCUUCCUACUGCUCUUCCUUCUCAUCCUCUCCCUUCUUCUCAGACUCAGGCAUCAGAAGAAAGACAGGAAGGGAGGUUCUGAGUAA